AUGAUGGAUAUUGAUAGCGAACACCUUGGUAUCCCAGAACAGGAUUAUGCUGUCGUAUGCGAAAUGCCAUCUUCUGAGUUCCAGAAAACUUGCAAAGAUAUCGCUAUGUUCAGUGACUCACUUAACAUUACGGCUACCAAGGCUGGUAUCGUCUUCACUGGAAAAGGAGACACUGGUCAAUCCGUUAUCACCUACUCACCCAACAGCAGUGCUGAUAGUGAAGAUGAGGCUAUAACUUUGGAAGUGACUGACCCGGUGAAUGUCAACUUCUCAAUAAAAUACAUGAACCAGUUCACGAAGGCCACAAAUCUCUCCAGCCGCGUUCGCAUUUCGCUAUGCAACGACGUACCGAUUGUGAUCGAAUAUCCACUAACAGAGGAUGGCAGACCUAGUGGUCAACAGCAUGGACAUCUGCGAUUUUACCUCGCACCCAAGAUCGACGACGAGGAGAACAUGGACUAA